CCGCGAGUGGGCGCCAUGUUGCUGCGCCGCUACUGGCGCCGCUUGGCGCUGCCGCCGUGGCCCGGGCAGCGGCGGCGCGCGGGCGGCGGCGCCGCAGGAGACGAGGAGGCGGCGGCGGCACCGCGCUACGACGUGGUGGUGAUCGGCGGGGGCCAUGCGGGCACGGAGGCGGCGGCGGCGGCCGCUCGCGGCGGGGCCCGCACGCUGCUGCUCACGCACAGGAUCGGCACCAUCGGGGAGAUGUCCUGCAACCCCUCCUUCGGCGGCAUCGGGAAGGGGCACCUCAUGCGGGAGGUGGACGCCCUGGACGGCUUGUGCGGCCGCAUCUGCGACCGGUCGGGGGUGCACUACAAAGUGCUGAACCGGUGCAAGGGGCCGGCAGUGUGGGGGCUCCGCGCGCAGAUCGACCGGCAGCUCUACAAGGGCAACAUGCAGAAAGAAAUCCUUAAUACACCACUGCUGACAGUUCACGAGGCAUCUGUGGAGGAUCUUCUCCUGGCAGAACCAGAACCAGAUCAUCCUGGAAAAUGCCAAGUCACAGGAGUCAUUCUGGGGGAUGGGAGCAGAGUGCAUGCUGGGAGUGUCAUCCUGACCACUGGUACGUUUUUGAGGGGAAUGGUUGUCAUCGGACGAGAGAUGCAUCCGGCUGGGCGGCUCGGAGAUCAGCCAGCCAUUGGGCUGGCCCAGACUCUGGAGAAACUGGGAUUUGCUGUGGGUAGGCUAAAGACUGGGACACCGCCCCGACUCACCAAAGAUACGAUUGACUUCAGUGGUCUGGAGAAACGUACAGCUGACAACCCUCCUGUGCCGUUCAGCUUCCUCAGCAAGGCUGUGUGGAUCAAGCCAGAAGAUCAGCUGCCAUGUUACCUGACUCACACUAGCAUCAAAGCUCAGCAAAUUAUCCAGGAUAACCUUCACCUGAAUGACCAUGUAAGGGAGACGACAAAGGGGCCCCGGUACUGUCCUUCUCUUGAAUCUAAGGUUCUGCGCUUCCCAAACCGCAGACAUCAGGUGUGGUUGGAGCCUGAAGGCUUGGAGUCCAAUGUCAUUUACCCACAAGGCACGUCAAUGACACUGCCACCUGAACUCCAGGAGCAGGUGAUCAAAUCCAUCCCGGGCUUGGAGAAAGCCACAAUGUUGCAGCCAGGCUAUGGGGUACAGUAUGAUUUUCUGGAUCCCCGUCAACUGACUGCUUCUCUCGAGUCUCGUCUUGUUCAACGACUCUUCUUUGCAGGACAGAUAAAUGGCACUACGGGCUAUGAAGAAGCUGCAGCUCAGGGCAUGAUUGCUGGGAUCAAUGCUUGCCUACGGGUUCAUGGCAAGCCCCCUUUCAUUGUCAGUCGCACUGAGGGCUACAUUGGUGUCCUGAUCGAUGAUCUCACCACUUUGGGCACCAGUGAGCCAUACCGGAUGUUCACCAGCCGUGUGGAGUUCCGUAUGUCCCUCCGACCUGACAAUGCUGAUGCCAGGCUCACGCAAAGAGGUUUUGAGGAAGCUGGAUGUGUGUCUGAGGAGCGACAUAAUCAAACGAUUAAGAUGAGGGCUGCUUUAAAGGAUGGAAUUGCAACAUUGAAGUCCCUUCAGUUCAGUGUAUCCAAAUGGUCCCAGUUAAUACCAGAAGUUCCCAUUAGCAGCAGUCGAAAGUCACCUGUCAGUGCAUUUGACAUCCUUCGAUAUCCGGAGGCCAACAUGGAGAUUCUAGCAAAGGCUAUCCCAGAGUCCCUGGGAAAGCUUGUUCAGUGGAGAGAACUGGCAGAGAGGUUGAAAAUAGAAGCUGCUUACGAGUGGUGCGUAGUCAAUCAGCAGCAGGAAAUAGAAGAAGUGCGUCAGGAUGAAGCGCUCCGACUGCCAGAGGACCUAGAUUACUUUGCCAUUGAUGCAUCUCUGUCAACAGAAGUGCGAGAGAAACUGGACUCUAACCGUCCCCAGACGAUUGGUGCAGUGAGCCGCAUCCCUGGAAUUACACCAGCUGCUAUUCUUAACCUGCUAAGGUUUGUGAAGACCAAUUGCCAGAAGACAAAUAGAAUAAAAGAUUUGCCUCAGGCUGACAGAUACUUUCCAGGGAAAAUGUACUUGGAGAAAGCAAAUUCCCAAACACGGAUUGCAGCAGAGCUUUCUGAAGACGAGCCAGGGAGUACCAUGGUUAAAACACCGUUGUAGAAAAGUGUUUCCAUCCUCCCACAAUACGUGACAAGAUCAUCUUUGCUCAUAAACCUGUUCCCAGAUGAAAAAGAUGUUGGCUUGAGCAAAAGCAGUUCUAAGUGUGUCCUACAGCAGUGUUAUUGAGUAGAAUGAAGAUGAUGAAUGUGCCAGCCUUCUGUAAAUGCUCAGGAAUAUAAAUACAAUCCAUGAUAUCACCAGUUCAAGUAGAAAGACACAGGAGUUGCUUUUAAAAUUCCACUUAUUUGGAAGAUGCCACAUAAUCAAGAGCAGUUGAAAAGUGUCUUGAAAGGAGGUUUUGAAAGGGUCCUUUUUCAGUGUAGUAACACUUCCUGUCCCUUCAGAACCCACAGCUAUACAAGAUGAUUUGAGCUGGAAAGCAUGCUCCAUUGACUUUAGUGCUCACUUAGAGCUGUGCUGUGACUAUAACGUUUGUGUGGUAUUAGCUAAUAGGAGAAACUUGGCUAUGAGUGUGUGCGCCACAUGAAUAUUAAAGUUUAUAUAGCAAACUGAUUGAAUGUAAACACUGUAGCAGUAUUUUUUUUUCCUUAUUCUCCAUUAAAAUAAAUACAACUUAUCUUCAAA